CGCAAAUCGGUCUUCCACCCGCGGCAUAGACCCAUAGUAGUGGCCGACGACAGCCACGUCCCGGAAGCCGAAUGCUCGCACUUUGCGGAAGAUCCUGAUCUUGACGUCGGGCGUGUGGCCGAAAGGGGUCGCUGUGGCCGACUCAGGGAUGCUGUGGUCAAUGCCGUCGAGGGGGCUGACCACACGGAGCCGCUCAUGAGUGGUGGGCAAGGCGGCCAGACGAGGCAACAGCGACUGCAGAAGGCGCUCCCACUGGAGAUCCUCCCUGCUCGACAUUGCUGGUGAGCCAGACCUGCGAGAUCCCGGGAAGAGAGAGCGGUUUCACAGCUCCCCAAGUCUGCGAGCUUAGCUGUUGUGAGGAAAAAUGAAGCAUCGCAAGAAGCCGAGAAGGCAGCGCGGUCAGCAGAUCUCCACAAGCAAGGCAGAAGGAGGCAAAAGAUCUCGAGAUGCCGCCGUCACAUACAAAGGGUGAGUGAGUUCCACUGUGAGGAGAGGGCGGAGGGAUUUAAGAAGGAAGCCGCUGGACGAGCACACACCUCCCUUUGCUCCUCUGUUGGUGCACUUUGUGCUUGUCGAUUCAGGUUCUCGCCUGAUGUGUUUUGGUCCGUUGAGCGGGUGCCCCUGGCCUCUCUCUCUGCUGGUGAUUUCUUCUAUCGGUUCGUCAAGCGGAGGAUGCCGGUGGUGCUCACUGACGCAUUGAGCAGCGAAUUCAAGGGUCUCCAGCGGUGGACAAACAGCUAUCUGCGACGGAGGGCCGGCGACUCAUCUGUCGAUGUGGAGUACCGGCGCAAUGUCUUCGAUCACUUCGGUGAGGGACGGGCAGGCAGUAGAGGUCCGUCAUCGCUUUGUCUUUGGCCGUGCAGGUGAGGGCCGCAAAGUGAAGAUGGCCUUCGGUGCUUUCCUCGAUGAGCUCGACAACGGCAAGUGAUCCACUUGAAGCCCAGAAAACAGUCAGAGGCUGAUUGUGUUGCCUGGAUGUUGGGUGCAGGUCGCGAGGAUCUCUACUUGACCACACAGACGAUAGACGAGACCGACACCGGUCAGUCAACACACCACUCUGAUGGACUCUGUUGAUGGCUGUCCACCGGGUCUUGGGUGUUGCGUGCAGGUCCUGUGUCGCUCACCGGGCAUCCCGUGUCCGCCCUGCUCGCUGAUGUGCCGUUGAGGCCCAAGCUGUUCGGGUAGGAGAGGAUGGAAACAACCAAUUGUUCUCUCGGCGGCACACUAUUGUUAGUCUGCUUGUGCAGUCACCUCUUGCCGUAUCAGUACAACAUGUGGAUGGGGCAGAGCCGCGCUGGCACCACCAGUGGACUCCACCAUGACUUUGUGAGACAGAUGCACAGCCAACCGUCAUGCCGUUUGCAUUUCCUUAGUUGUGUGUAUGCAGCACGACAAUCUGUAUGUGUUGCUGCGUGGGCGGAAGGUCUUCCGCCUCUACAGCCCCGACAAGGCGCACCAACUCGACACCACAGGUAUGCCGGCCAGGCAACACACCAUUAGACCUUGAGACGUCCGUCACCCACUCUGUCUUUCUGUGUCUGUCAGGCAAUGUGUCUGUGAUCCAUCCGAAUGGACUGAUUUGCUAUGAGAAAGGCAUCAGGGAAGAUGGUCAGUGGGCAGUAAUUACCCGUCGCGUGUGUCCAGCUCAUUGACCUUUGUGUCGCCCCACCAGGUGCCCCCCGUGCAGCGGUGCACCAGUGGAAGCUCGGCCGAGUGUGUCAGCGACACAGCGACCUGCAGCGCACAGCCAGCCAACAUGGUGAUGCCUCGGAGAGAAAGCUGCCCCUACCAACCUGAUGGAUGUUGGCUGUGUGUUUGAUUCAGGGUGUGAAGAUUCUCGGCGUGACGCGGCCAUCCAGGAGGCCGACGACGAGUGAGCGACCAGCAUGACCAUGGUCACACACGUGGAGAUAUCACAGCUGUGAUGUCUGCCUGCCUGCCUGCCUGUAGGGUGGAGGCGCUUCUCGAUGCGGCCCUCGACGGACGUAAGCAACACAUCACUCUGCAGGCACAUGGUGGCACAUGAGUGUGCGUCGGUUGCUGCAGAUGAUGAUGCAGCGGAUGACUUUGACACCCUCACGGCUGAAGAGGACGAGCCAGCCUCAUCAACACAGGACAAAGACGGCAGCAGACCACCACAGGUACACACAACAGCCAUGUCCCAGCUACUUCUCUGUCAUCCACCUGUGUGCAUCGAUGUGUGUGUGUCAGGUGGUGCCCGAGGGCGAGAGGCCGCCCAGCUUCUGUCGCCACAACACAGUGGACCGGCACCUCCCCCCCGCUCCCGGCCUGACAGACAAUCCCGACCCCAUUUGGCAGCAGUACCAUCAAGUGACCGUCAAGGCGGGAGAGAUGCGUAAGUGACAGCCAGAUUGACUCGCUGACAACCUGCUGAGACCAUGGCUGCAUGUCUCUGUGUGUGUGUGCAGUGCAUUUGCCGGCGAGUUGGUUCCAUGAGGUGAUCAGCUGUGAUGAUGCAGGCGGUGAGGAGGAGCGGUCUGCCGACCGGCCAGGCCACAUGGCGUUGAACUACUGGUUCUACCCCCCUUCGUCCGAUGGUCUGUCAGCAGCGACACAUGAGGCAUGAACGAACGAGCGCUUGUCUGCCUGUCUGUGACUGGCUGGUUGCGUCAGGCACUGCUGACGAGCCAUACGAAGACUUCUUCUGGGCAGACCAUGUGCGGCCGCUGCUGGACGAGCUGGACAAGAGGGCCGGCCGACCGAGGGAUGGUGCUGAUGUCAAGACGAGAAAGCGGUCAGUGGCGUCGGGUUACUGCUGAUUCAGAUGAUGAGAGGGAAGAGGAGACACAUGAUCAUAUAGUGUUGCCAGCCCUGAGGCCUGCUGUGCCUCCCUCGUCUUGACAAGGACUGUGUGUGAGGGAUAUUGGUUUGUGAAUACUCUUUAUCGGUGUUU